UUCCUUCACCUCUUUGUUUCUUUGCCUUUUCCCCUUCCCUUUCCAUGGACAUGCCUUAUUCGCCACAGAAUUCAGCUGGAGGAGGAGGAGGAGGAGGAUCUUCAUCAAGUUCUUCAAAGGGUAAUCAUGCAUUAGAGAGAAAAGUAAGGCCAGAAAAGGAACGAGCUUUGAGGUGUCCGAGGUGCAAUUCAGCCAACACCAAGUUCUGUUAUUACAACAAUUACAGUUUGUCUCAGCCCAGGUAUUUUUGCAAAGCUUGUCGGAAGUAUUGGACUGACGGCAGCUCUUUAAGGAAUGUUCCUGUCGGCGGUGGCUCAAGGAAGAACAGAAGGUCUUCAUUUUCAUCAUCAUCAGCUGAUGAUGAUAGAAAGAUUGACACCCACCACCCUAUUCCGGCUUCUUCAACUACUUCUCCUCAUCUUUUUGGUUCUUUCAUGGCGGCCAACGGCGGCGGCGGCGAUGACCAGACGGCUGUUAUGUUUCCAGCUGAAAAAGUUGAGUUAAAUCGAUGA